UUCAGCAAGACAGUUAAAUUUGUUUUAAUUCAAUAAUUCUUGAGUAUAGAUUUUUUUAAAAAGAAGAAGAAUUAGUUUCACUGGCAUAUUCAUUUCCCACUUAUAACAAGACAUUUUUCAUGUUUUAAGCGAAAAAUCUGUCAGCGGAGCCACUACGUUUUUAUAUAUUCAAGAAAGACAAAAAAAAAAAAACAUUUCUCUUGCUGAAAAGCUACUUUUACGUUAUUAUCAUUUUUUCUCUUAUGCCAAGUGUAUUUGAUUUAGAAACUAGACUAAAAUAGUGGAGGAGCUACAUUUUUAAUGUUUUGACAUUUUGUAAAUGUAAGAACGAAUCAAACAACUUACAUUUAAAUUAAAAUGAAACAUUUUUAGUGCAUCAUUUUUGAAUUUGCAAACGCGUUGUUGCGACAGACAGGCGACCUGUCCAGGGUGACCCCCCGCCUCUCGCCCUGACCGUUCGCUGGAGACAGACACCAGCAGGCCUCGAAGGGGGCGCAGAAAAUGGAUGGAUGGAUAAAACGCCUUGUAUUCAUUUUUGGUUGCUAAGGCUCCCUGGAGGGCGUUCCUGGCCAGUCAAACCCCGCCCACACUGCCUGCUCUCCGGGGCUGCCGCUUCGGGUCAACCGCUGGGCUUUUCUGCCGGUUUCCUCCCGAACCGGACCUCCUCCUCGGCCCAACAUGUAGGAGUCGUCUGGACGUGCAGGGAAGCGUGAACGGUCCUCUUCCCCACCGGCUGGUUGAAGGGACGCGAGAGUUCGGGAGAGCAGCAGGUGUCCGUCCUGUUCGGCAGCUGCAGAUCUGAAAACACACUCCACUGACCCCAUGCUCUCACUUUUGAGGGGUUAAGGUAACAAUCAGAAGUCAUGUCGGCUGACAUUCUGCAGGGGUUCAGCACCUUGACGCCGAGCGUCAAGCAACUCAGCCGACUCCUUCGCCUCUCUGACCUCCUCCCUUCCUCCCUGCCAUCACCUUGCCCCACCGUUGCUGCCUCCCAGGUCCCCGCUCUGUUCCGAGAGCCCUACAUCCUGUCGGGCUACCGCCCCAUCCAGCAAGACUGGCGCUGCUACCUCCUGAGCCUCUUCCAGCGUCACAAUGAAACCCUGAAUGUGUGGACUCACUUGCUCGCAGCUCCAGCACUGCUGCUUCUCUGGUGGGCCAACGUGGGCGCCCUGGGGUACACCUUGGAUGCAGCCUCCCUGCCUCUCGCCCUCUUCAUGGUGUCUUCUCUCACAUAUCUGUGCCUCAGCGUGGCAGCUCACCUCCUGCAGUCUCAUUCUGAGCGUGCGCACUACUACUUCUUCUUUUUGGACUACGUGGGUGUGGCGGUGUACCAGUACGGCUGCUCACUCGGCCAUUACUUCUACUCCUCUGAGCCAGCGUGGAGAGACAGCAUUGGGUUGAUGUUUCUGCCCGGUGCUGCCUUCUUUGGGUGGCUCUCCUGCGCCGGCUGCUGUUUUGCGAAGGCCAGGUACAGGCGGCCGUAUCCGCUGCAGCGUAAAAUCUGCCAGCUGAUCCCCACCAGCCUGGCCUACGCGCUAGAUAUUAGCCCCAUAGCCCACCGUCUGCUCACCGUCCCCUGGUCACAGGAGACCUCCCUCCCCUUUCACGCCCUGCAGAUUGGCUCAUUCAUUUUGGCUGCCUUCUUCUUCUCCUGUCCAAUUCCGGAGCGUUUUUUCCCCGGCCGCUGUGACUUUGUGGGCCAGGGUCAUCAGGUGUUCCACCUGUUCCUGUCCCUGUGCACCGUGUUCCAGCUGGAGGCUUUGUUUCUGGACCACGCCAGGCGACGGGACGCAGUGCUGGGUGUGUUUGGAGAACAGCAGCUGUGGUGGGCUUGUGUGUCCUUCCCCUGUCUCUUCAUGUGUUGCGUCCUCACAGCUCUUAUAGCCAUGAGGCACAUGAGCAAAAUACUUCAACAUGUAGAGAAGAAAAAGUGACCUUUUUUUUGCGUGUGCAGAAAGAGGGCUGGGCUCAGUGAUUUGUAAUAGUAUUCAAUCAGAUGCGACUUUUAAUUUGUGUAUUUAACAGCCUGUCUCUCUGAAGAGUGUGAUUACUUUUAAUAUCUAAACAAUAAAGCCAGCUUUAACGGAAUCUGUGCUGGUCCAUUUAUCGGGUCAUCUGAAAAUUCCUGAAGGGUUUAAUUACUAAAAGAAUUGCUUGGCUCAGUUUACCUCAUAAUUAGCUAAGUAUGGCUCAGCCAAAUUUUCAACAGUGGACAAUGCUCCCACUGUAAUGGUUCUUGUACCAGAUUGACCU